GGCUACUCAAAAUACUUCUUCAUUCUAUCGAUCCUUUCAACUACGAUCCCUCAAGAGCGCUUCAGUUUUGAGCAUUCCUUCACUCACCAUCAGUAUCUAUGGCCGAACAACUUCUCCUCGUCCCUGCCGAGCAAAUCAUUGAGUCUUUGGGUUCACUGGCUGCCAAUAAGAUCGCUUUGCUAUGGGGUCUCGAAGAUGAGCUUCAACGCCUGAGGAACACCGUUUCAGCAAUCAAAGCUGUGCUUCUGGAUGCGGAGGAGAAACAGGCUGCUGGGAACCAUGCAGUCACAGAUUGGCUCAAAAAGCUAGAAGAUGCCAUGUACGAUGCGGAUGACUUGCUGGAUGCUGUUUCCACUGAAGCUCUACAGAGGGAAAUACUGACUCGUGAUAACAAGGCCAAACAGGUACGCAUUUUCUUUUCCAAAUCAAACCAGCUUCUCUAUCGUCUUAAAAUGGCCCCUAAGAUUAAGGUCAUGAGAGAGAGGUUAGAUUCCAUCUACGCCGAGGGGGACAGAUUGCACUUGGAGGUACGCCCUGUGGACACAAGUGUCGGGGGAAACAGGGGGGACACUCAUUCUUUUGUACGUGCGGAAGCAGUUAUUGGUCGAGACGAUGAUAAGAAGGCUGUUAUCCACCGUCUGCUGGACUCCAACGUUGAAGACAAUGUUUCAAUCCUUCCAAUUGUUGCCAUCGGUGGAUUGGGAAAGACUACACUCGCUCAACUCAUUUUCAACGAUGACCAAAUCCAAAACCAUUUUCAGCUCCAAAUGUGGGUGUGUGUCUCUGAUCCCUUCCACGUUAAAAAUAUUGUUGAAAAAAUCUUAGAAGCUGCAACAAAGAAUAAACCACAACCCGCUGAAAUGAAUACGUUGGUAGGUAAACUUAAAGAAGAAAUUGAUGGAAAGAAAUACUUGCUCGUCUUGGAUGACGUGUGGAAUGAGGAUCAUGAAAAAUGGUCUGAAUUGAAAGAAGUGUUGAUGGGUGGUGCAAGCGGCAGUAGAAUAUUAGUGACUACACGCAGUGAAAAGGUUGCAAGGAUUAGCGGGACAAUUCAAUCAUAUUCUUUAAGGGGUUUAAAGGAAGACGAGUCAUGGUGUUUAUUGAAGCAACUGGCAUUUGAGAAAGAAAAAGAGCCGGAGGAGACUUCAAGCAUCGCAACAGUUGGGAGGGAGAUACUAAAAAAGUGCUAUGGUGUCCCACUGGCAAUAAGGACAAUUGGAAGUUUACUACGCUUCAAAAAUUCAGAAGCAGAGUGGUCGUCUUUUAAGGAAAAUGAACUCUCAAAAAUAGAUCAAAAUGAAAAAGACAUCUUACCAACUCUGAAGUUGAGUUAUGAUCAUCUUCCUUCAUAUUUGAAGCACUGCUUUGCUUAUUGCAGUUUGUUUCCAAAAGAUUAUGUGUUUAAAAAAUCAAGACUGAUUCAGCUCUGGAUAGCACAAGGGUUUGUCAAGUCAUGUGAUGAUCAAAACCAAUGCUUGGAAGAGGUUGCAAAUGAGUAUUUUAAGGAUUUACUAUGGAGAUCAUUCUUUCAAGAAGUUGAAACGGAUGAAUUUGGUGACUUAAGUUAUUGCAAAAUGCAUGACCUAAUGCAUGAUCUUGCCAUAUUAGUGGCAGGAUCGUUGAUCACCGCAUUAGAUGAUAAGAAGAGAAGCCUUAAUGAGAAAACUCGUCAUGUUUCAAUUGUUGAUUACUACGAUAUCGAUGCUUCAUCAAUUACAACUUCAUCGAGUAAUGCAAGUAGCAUACGAACAUUUCUUUGUAUUACCACUUGGUACAGAUUUCCUUCUCAUUCCACUUCCUCCAACAUUUUAGAUUGUGAAGCAAUUUUUUCAGGUUCCAAGUUCUUGCGCGCUCUGGACCUAGAAAAGAGAAAUCUUGAACUUCUGCCAAGCUCUAUUGGGAAGUUGAGGCAUUUAAGAUAUCUUAAUCUUUCUCAUAACUACAGUCUCAAGAAGCUACCCAAUUCUAUAUCCAGGUUGCAGAAUUUGCAAACACUAAAUCUCUCAUAUUGUCACAAUCUUGAAGAAUUGCCAAGCUCUAUUGUUGAGUUGAAGCAUUUAAGAUAUCUUGAUCUUUCUCGUAACCGAAAUCUCAAGAAGCUACCCAAUUAUAUAUCCAGGUUGCAGAAUUUGCAGACACUAAAUCUCUCAUUUUGUUGUCAUCUUGAAGAAUUUCCAAGCUCUAUUGUUGAGUUGAAGCAUUUAAGAUAUCUUAAUCUUUUUCGGAACGACAAUCUCAAGAAGCUACCAGAUUCUAUAACCAGGUUGCAGAAUUUGCAAACACUAAAUCUCUCAUAUUGUCACAAUCUUGAAGAAUUGCCAAGCUCUAUUGUGGAGUUGAAACAUUUAAGAUAUCUUGAUCUUUCUGGGAACGAGAAUCUCAAGAAACUACCCAAUUCUAUGUCCAGGUUGCUGAAUUUGCAGGCACUAAAACUCAAAUAUUGUAAAAAUCUUGAAGAAUUGCCAAGAGACAUGAAAGAAUUAGUCAAUCUCAGGCAUCUUGAGAUAAAUCAAUGUGAACGGUUGACUUAUAUGCCACGUGGAUUGGGGCUACUCACUGAUCUCCAGACGUUAUCAAACUUUGUGGUCCAAAAGGAUCCUUUCUCUCCGCAUAGUUGUGGGUUAAAAGAACUAAAGGGACUAAAUAACCUGAGAAGGAAGUUAGUUAUUACAAAUAUGAGACAUGGGAAAGAUGGUGCGUCAGAAUGUAAGGAAGCAAAUUUAAAAGCGAAGCAACAUCUUCAUGGUUUGUCUUUACAGUGGAGUACUGAAGGAGGUGUCAAUGCUUCAGACGUUAUUGUUGAUGAUGAGAUGUUGUUGGAAGUCCUCCAACCGCACCCAAAUCUGAAAGAGCUUUGUCUAGAAGGAAAUGGGGGUUCAAGGCUUCCAAGUUGGCUUUUGUCGUUCACAAAUCUCAAAUCUCUUGUUCUUUCCCGAAUGGAUGCUAUGGAGUACAUAUUAGACAGUGGUUACAGCAAUGAGUUCUCUUAUUCUUUUAUCCCAUCUCUCAAGGAAAUCAAGCUAAAAAAUUGCCCUAAUCUCAAGGGGUGGUGGAGGAGGAGAGAUUCUUCUGUGGAGGUCAAUAGUGAUGGUCAUAAUUCCAUUGAAAAUACAGAGGAUCCUUUACUCCCUUCCUUUCCUCCUUGUCUCUCACGAUUAUUUAUCAUGGAUUGCCCUAUGUUGACUUCCAUGCCAACGUUUCCACAUCUUGAAGAAAGCUUGUACCUUAGGAAUGCUAGCUGGAAGCCACUGCAACAAACAAUGAUGAUGAAUAUGGGAGCACCACAAAGCCCAACGUCAACAGCAAAAGCCUCCUCUUCAUCCACUCCUCUCGCAAAAUUGAAGUUUCUACGACUCGAAUCCUUUGAGGAUCUAGAAACUCUACCAAAGGAGUGGUUGAAGAACUUCACUUCCCUCAAUCAUUUAGUGAUACGUAGCUGCAAUAGAUUAAGUUCUCUCUUCCCAGGUAUACAACAUCUCGCUGCCCUUCAAUACCUGGAUCUUCAUGAUUGUCCUGAGCUUGAGCUAGCCAAUGUUGAGGAUGAGAUGCAGUGCCAAGGUCUUAAGAGCCUCCUCUCUUUGGAGUUUUCAUGUCUUCCGAAAUUGGUGUCUCUCCCAUUGGGGCUUCAUCAUGCGACCACUCUACAAGAGCUCCUAAUUUCAGAUUGUGAAAACUUGACGGCUAUACCAGAGUGGAUCCACAACUGCACAUCACUUCAAGAGCUUGAAAUUGAUGCAUGCUCCAGUUUGACAUCAUUGCCCGAAGGAAUCCGUAGCCUAACGUCUUUGCGGAGGCUGAAAAUUAAAAACUGUCCCAACUUAUUGCAAAGAUGCAAGAGAGAAGUGGGUGAGGAUUGGCCCAAGAUUGCUCACAUCCCAGAGUUGGAAUUACAGUAUCCAGAUUCAGGUACAGAAGUAGGAGAACCAGCUAAAGCACAGAAGAACCAGCUAAAGCACAGAAAAAGAAGCUGUAUAUGGCUUGAUGAAGCUUUUGAGAGAGGAAGUCAAAAGUGCUCGUCUAGUUGUUAUCCAACAUCCGUUCAGCUUCCUCUAGUUCCCUUGAUUAAGGCUAAUCUCAUUGAAUUUAGGAAUGUCAUUAUUGACUGCAUUCCCCGUGAAAAUUCUUUGCAUUGGUACAUGACUCCUUACCUGGACAUCAUUGUGGCCAACGAUUAUUUGAAGCAAAGAGGAGUUGGCAGAAAAUCAAGAGGAUUAGAACCUUAUGCAAGAGAGAAGCAGGUGAGGAUUGGCCCAAGAUUGCUCACAUCCCAAAGUUGGAAUUACAGCAUUCGAAUUCAGCUAAAGAAAAGAAGAAACAGAGGAUUUGGAGCAUAUUCAAAAAAUCCAGGGCGCUGA